UCUGGAAUUUUCAGAAUUGAUCUCAAGUCUGUUUCCAUUUCCCAGUCUGUUGUUUUGAAGUUGUAUCCUUGGAAAUACAAUUCUGGGGGGGAUGAUAUCAGAGAAUGUGUUAAUAGCCUGACUGAGAUUUCAGCAGCCUUGCCAACAUUUGUCUUGGUGGCAGCAAAUGAAGCCAAACUGUAUCUUAAAGAACCUGUUGUCCCUUUAAAUAUGGCGUUGCCACAAGCUGCAUUUGAGACCCAUUGCAGCAGCAUUUCCAGGAGUCCGCUGACAAGAGAGACCCUUCCGGUCUUUCUUACUGAUCGACACACGAAGGAAGUAGUUCAGCAGUUCAUUGAUGUCCUGAGUAUCGCAGUCAAGAGACGUGUCUUGUGUUUACCUAGGGAUGAAAAGCUGACAUCAGGCGAAGUUUUGAAAACUAAUAAUAGGAAAGCAAAUGUUGCAGUUCUGUUUUCUGGAGGGAUAGAUUCCAUGGUCAUUGCAGCGCUUGCUGACCAUCAUAUUCCUUUAGAUGAACCAAUUGAUCUUCUCAAUGUGGCUUUCAUGACUAAAGAAAAGAUCAUACCAGUUAAUUUUAACAAAAAAGGGAGAAAACAGAAAAAUCAUUGUGAGAUGCCCUCUGAGGAAUUCUCCGGAAGCGCUGCUGCUGCCGCCGCUGCCAGCCCUGGGGAACAGUUCAGUGUACCAGAUCAAGUCACAGGAAGAGCGGGACUGAAAGAACUGCACGCUGCCAGCCCAUCGCGGAUUUGGAAUUUUGUUGAAAUUAAUGUUUCUCUAGAAGAACUGCAAAGAUUAAGAAGAACUCGAAUAUCGCACUUGAUCCAGCCCUUGGAUACAGUCCUGGAUGAUAGCAUUGGCUGUGCAGUCUGGUUUGCUUCCCGAGGAGCUGGCUGGUUAGUGACCCAGGAUGGAGCACAGCCGUAUCACAGUCGUGCAAAGGUGGUUCUCACUGGAAUUGGUGCCGAUGAGCAGCUUGCGGGUUAUUCUCGUCAUCGGGCCCGCUUCCUGACACAUGGGCUGGAAGGACUGAAUGAGGAAAUCGCAAUGGAGCUGGGUCGAAUUUCUUCUAGAAAUCUUGGUCGUGAUGGUAGAGUUAUCAGUGAUCAUGGAAAAGAAGCAAGAUUUCCUUUCCUGGAUGAAAAUGUUGUCUCCUUUCUAAAUUCCCUACCAGUCUGGGAAAAGGCAAACUUGACUUUACCCCGUGGAAUUGGUGAAAAACUAAUUUUGCGUCUUGCAGCAGUGGAACUUGGUCUAACAGCCUCUGCUCUUCUGCCAAAGCGGGCCAUGCAAUUUGGAUCCAGAAUUGCAAAAAUGGAAAAGAAUAAUGAAAAGGCAUCUGAUAAAUGUGAAAGACUCCAAAUCAUCUCCUUAGAAAACCUUUCUGUUGAAAACUAGAUGUUUCAUAGUGUAAGAACAUUUACUGAAUGGUGGUUUUUUUAAAAAAUAAAAUACUCUGCUUUAUUAUUGCCUAA